GCCAGCGGGGGCAGUAGUGAGCUGCGGUUGUUUUUAAAUGCACCAGAAACCCGCGAAGGAGACUGUUAGCCUCACCAUGGCGGAAGCAGAGCAGCAGUCAGGAUCCACUCCUGAGGAUGAAGCAUCUAAAGGCACAGACGGCAUCACCUUCAUGGUACCCAAGAAAGAAAUCAGCAUGGUGCCGGACAUGGGGAAGUGGAGGCGAUCUCAGGCGUAUGCUGACUACAUGGGCUUCAUCCUGACACUGAAUGGAGCCGUGAAGGGGAAGAAGCUCUCGUGUGAAUACAAAGUUUCAGAGACAGUGGAGAAGUUACUAGAACUCUUGGGGACUCUCGACCGAUGGAUAGACGAGACCCCUCCUGUCGACCAGCCCUCUCGCUUUGGAAACAAGGCCUACAGAACCUGGUAUUCCAAACUAGACCAGGAGGCAGAGUCCCUGGUGUCCGGUCUGCUCCCGGAGGACACGCGCGCAGCAGCUGCAGAGAUAGCGGUCUACCUGAAGGAGUCUGUGGGGAACGCCACCAGGAUAGACUAUGGAACAGGGCACGAGGCUGCGUUCGCUGCGUUCCUCUGCUGCCUCUGUAAGGUGGGAGCUCUCAAGGAAGACGAUCAGCUGGCUAUCGUCUUCCUGGUGUUCAACAGGUAUCUGGAAGUGAUGCGGAAGCUGCAGAAGACCUACAGGAUGGAGCCCGCUGGGAGCCAGGGUGUGUGGGGACUGGAUGACUUCCAGUUUCUGCCCUUCAUUUGGGGAAGCUCCCAGUUUGUAGAUCACCCAACUCUGGAGCCUCGGCACUUCCUCGAUGAGAGGGUGGUGAACGAGCAGCAGCACGACUACAUGUUUCUGGAGUGCAUCAAGUUCAUAAAUGAGAUGAAGACGGGUCCGUUUGCAGAACACUCCAACCAGCUGUGGAACAUCAGCGCCGUUCCCGCCUGGGCCAAAGUCAACCAGGGACUGAUCCGAAUGUACAAGGCCGAGUGUCUGGAGAAGUUCCCUGUGAUCCAGCACUUCAAGUUCGGCAGCCUGCUGUCCAUCCAGCCGGGGAAGCCUUGACGCUCACGCCGCCGCGCUCAACACGGAAAAACCAAAAUCCCGACAGUUUUCCUCGCCUGUGGCAUCCUCACGUGCAAACACAACCGUAGCAACGACACACACACCCCGCAGGAUGACACACACAUCCUCAAAGCCUGUGGGCCCUCGGUAUCUGUGGAUGACCUCUCUGAGCAUCUUUAUAUUUUGGUGAUCUUAUUUAUAUGAUGGAUAGAGUUUGAAUCUGGAUAGAGUUUGUUAAAGUGUGUUCAUCGAUGCUUGACUGAACCUCAGAGUGAGGAUCCUCCUGAGCGGCUCGGCUCCUUCAGAGGGAGGGAACGGAGAUAAGAUCUAUUAAGACUUUGUGACUUCUUUUUAAAUCUUUUGAAACUGUUUCGUCUUCAGUUUUUAGGUCUUUCUCUUGGUUUUUGCUUUUAAGGCCAAAUGUUUUUGUUUCGUUGCAAAUGUUUUCCAAUAAUUGAAAUGCCCCGUUCAGCCCAAACUUGUGAGUCACGUAAAUAAUUUGCUAACAAA